AUGAACCUGGACGAGAUUCGCAAUCAGCUCAUUGGCUCGCAACGCGGCAUGAUGCAGCAUGCAGCUUUCCGUCUAUUCAUCUCGACAACCGUCACCACAAACACCAAUUUCAACACCACCGCCAACAUCACCGCCAACAUCACCGCCAACAUCAACGUCAACAUCACCGUCAAAUCCACCACCGCCAUCGUCAGAGAUGAUCCUGGCUGCAUCAAACACUUCAGCGGGUCGAUUCUGACGAGUUCCUUGUCUGAACUGCCGAGCCGUGUUCCAGUGCAUUGUGGUUCGCAGCUGGUAAAUUGA